AGUAGAGCAUUGCGGGCUGUUUGGAUACACUCGUCUUGCCUGUCUUAUUAUACACACUUUCGACUAUACCAACAGAAGAAAUAAUGUAAACGUGAAGCGGCAGUUUUAAUGAAUCUGAGAAAUUUAAGCACUCAAUCUUCAUUCAGUCCAUGGACAGUUUCACAAAAUAAACACAGCCAUGUUCCUUUCAAAAGUGCCAGUUCUACUCUGGAUGCAAUUGAUUUGAAGCAAUUUCCCACAUACAUUUAGUAAAAAGGUAUCUCAAGAGCAAUAUUCCUGAUUCCGGUUUAAUCAUGGAGUGCCAACAAAGCUAUAAAUCAAGACUGAAAGUAAAAGUUCAAUGGAUUCACAAUGACAUGUCUAAACGAUCCCAUCCCACCUUCUUGAAUGACAUCUUUACCGAGCUUUACAUCACAGAGGGAGAAAAUGAGAAUGUCAACAAAGAGCACGAGGUGAGACAGAUUGAGAGAGCAUUGAGGAGAAAAACCACAGUGGAAAUUCCAGUCAAAUGCAAUGACAUUUUCAAACACUCACCAGAACAAAACAGACCCAUAAAAUGUGUGAUGACUAAGGGAGUUGCGGGCAUUGGGAAAACUGUCUUGGUGCAGAAGUUCAUACUGGACUGGGCUGAAGGCAACGCUAAUCAGGAUAUCCAGUUUGUCUACCCACUGCCAUUUCGAGAGCUGAAUCUGAUGCAAGCAAAACAGUUCAGCUUGACAGAACUUCUCCAAUACUUCAAAAUGGAAUCAUGCUUUAAAAAUGAAAACCAUAAAGUUCUCUUUAUCUUCGACGGCAUGGAUGAAUGCCGCUUUCCUUUGGAUUUCCAGAACAAUGCAAAGUUGAGUAACUCAACUCAGCCAGCUUCUAUUGAUGUUUUGCUCACCAACCUCAUCAGUAAAUCCCUGCUUCCUGAAGCUCUUAUCUGGAUCACAUCCCGACCAGCAGCAGCCAAUCAGAUUCCUCCUGAGUACAUCGACCUGGUGACUGAAGUUCGAGGGUUUAACGAUGCUCAAAAAGAGGAAUACCUCAACAAGAAAAUCAACGAUAAACUCCUCUCUAGCCGUAUAAUCACACAUCUAAAGUCAUCAAGAAGUCUGUACAUCAUGUGUCACAUACCAGUCUUCUGCUGGCUCUCGGUUGCAGUUUUAGAGCGAAUGUUCAACGCAGCUGAAGAUAGAGAGAUUCCCAAAACUCUCACUCAAAUGUACACACACUUUCUUCUCAUCCAAACCAGAACGAAAAAAAUGAGAUAUGCUAAAGAUUACAACCCACGUCUUGAAGAUGAAGAUAUGAUUUUGAAACUCGGUAAACUUGCCUUCCAACAGCUAAAAAAAGGCAAUUUGAUAUUCUACGAGGAAGAUCUGACGGGUUGUGGGAUUGAUGUAAAGGAGGCAGUGGUGUAUUCAGGCGUUUGCUCUGAGAUAUUUAGGGAGGAGUCUGCGGUGACUCAAAAUAAGGUGUAUUGCUUUGUCCAUCUGAGCAUUCAGGAGUUUUUGGCAGCCAUGUAUGUGUAUUACAUGUUUAAAGUUCACCAAAACAACGUUCUUGAUCAUGAAGAGCAUGAAGAGGCCACCUUGUUUGAGUUGCAUAAAAGUGCAAUUGAUAAAGCUCUACUAAGUGACAGUGGACACCUGGAUCUUUUCCUACGCUUUCUCCUGGGCCUUUCCUUGGAGUCCAAUCAGAGUCUUUUACAAGGCUUGCUUUCCCAAUCUGGUUGCAAAGCCUAUCAGAGCAUUGAGGAAACAGCUGAAUACCUCAAGAAGAUGAUAGAGGAGACAUCCUCUCCUGAGAAGUCCAUAAACCUCUUUUACUGCCUCAAUGAACUGAACGAACUCUCUCUGGUCAAGGAGGUCCAGCGCUUCUUGAACUCAGGCCAUUUUUCUAAACUCUCCCCUGCGCAGUGGUCUGCCCUAGUGUUUGUGUUACUCACAUCAGAUGAAAAGCUGGAUACGUUCGACCUAAAGAAAUACGUGAGAUCAGAUGAAGGACUCAUCAGAUUAUUGCCAGUGGUCAAAGCUUCAGAAACAGCACUACUGGAUAGUUGCGGUCUUACUAUGAGAUGCUGCAGAGCUCUUGCCUCCAGUGUUGGGUCCAGUUCUUCCAACGUACGAGUGCUUGAUCUGUGCAAUAACUCCAUUGGAGACAAAGGACUGGAGCUUCUGUCAGCCGGAUUGAAAAACACGCAGUGUAAUUUGGAGGAACUGAGGCUCUCAUACUGCAGAAUCACCACACGCGGCUGCUCUAUUCUGGAAUCAGGACUGCUCCCAAAACUGCCAAUCCUUAGGAUACUGGACCUGAGUGAAAACAGUCUGAGAGAAUCAGGAAUUAAAAUACUGGCUGAUUACUUAAGACAUCAGCACUGUAGUCUUGAGAUACUGAGACUCAAGGACUGCAGAGUUACAGCUAAAGGAAGCCUUGCAAUAGCCUCAGCACUACAGUCCAACCCGUCUCACCUCAGAGAACUCGACCUGCACUGGAAUAAUCCAGGAGAUGAUGGAGUGCAGAAGUUUUCGGAUGUGAUCCAGCUUCCAGUCUCUCGGCUUGAAACACUGUGGCUAAGUUACGGUUUGCUCACUGAGAAAUGCUGUCAGUUUUUGGCUUCAGCUCUGAGAUCCAGUUUCUCCACUUUGAAAGCUUUAGACCUGAGCGGCAACCCAAUAUAUGAUGGAGCAGUGAGAAUGCUCUCAAAUGGACUUGGAAGCCCUCAUUGUAAAAUAGAGAUCUUAAGACUGGCGUUGUGUGAGAUCUCAGAGGUGGGUGUUGCUGAUCUGGCCUCUGCACUUGUUUGUAACCCAGCUGCUCUGAGAGAACUGGAUCUGAGCCAGAACCCCAUUAAGGACUUUGGUGUGUCCAAACUUGCUGAAGUGGUGAAGAACUCCAACUGUAGGCUGGAAACUUUACUUUUAGGAGAGUGUGGUGUGACACAGGAAGGUUGUGCUGUCCUCGCUGCUGCUCUGAACUCAAACCCAUCUCAUCUGAGAGAGCUGAACCUGAGCUAUAAUGAGCUCACAGACGCAGGCAUGGGGCAUCUUUCUCCUGUCCUGAGGAACAACAGUGGCAACAUUACGAAAUUAGAUGUGAGUCAGUGCGGUUUAUCUUCGGACUCCUGUGAUAAACUCGCAGCAAUUCUUGUGGAAAAAUCCUCAAGUGUUAGAGAACUGAAUCUGGGAGUGAAUAAUCUACAAGAUGUGGGAAUUAAAGUCCUCAGUACUGGAUUGGGAAAUCCACACUGUCAGCUGGACACAUUGAGGCUAACUAACUGUGGGGUCACAGCGGAUGGUUGCACCAUUUUAGCCUCUGCACUGAGAUCUAAGCACUCAAUUCUUAAAGAGCUGGACCUGAGUGAAAACAAUCUCACCGAUUCAGCUGUUAGGCCUCUGUCUGGCCUUCUGGAUGAUCCAGACUACAAGCUAGAGAAACUCAUCUUGUUUUAACAUCAGCGUGAACAGCUCUUAUCAACAUCCGAGGACUGCAUUUCAAAUUCUAUUUUGAAGAUGUUUUAUUCUCAAAGAUAUGCAUUAUUUAUAUUCUUAUUUUAUUAUAUUGUGCAAUACUAAGCAGUCAUUUCAAUAGCACUGCAGUAAUGGUGGUCAUAAAAACGCAUGCUUUCCUUUUGAUACUCAAAGCUUCAUUCACAGUACAGUGCUGGAAAUGCAAGACAACAUAAGAGGACAGUUUUGAGAGCCUUGUAAUAUUAGCAGGAUUUUUUGAAACUCUAAAGUUGCCUAUUAAUAUGUGUAUGAGGGGUUUAUGUAUUACCACCAGAUGUUACAAGAUGACUGAUGUACAUGUAGUUGACAUUGUUAACGACUGAUUUUAAAAUAGAGCAAGUGGUUUUCUUUUUUUGCUGUUGUUGUAAAGGUCAUAAUAAACACGCUCAUGUCAUUAUGUUAAACCUGUGUCAUUACAAACUGCAGCUCAAAGUUAACCAAGAUUUUUUUUUCUGGUUUUAAUGUUUUUUAUUUAUGUGGUUUCAAAGCAUACCAUUUGUUUAUCUUUUAAAGGUAUUUAUGCAUUGUUAGCACAAAUAAAGCAUUCUGCAAUCAAAUAUAUAUUUU